AUAAUCUUUGAGAUUUAAGGUUAUGUUUAUUAUGUAUUUAAAGUUUUCAUUAUUAAAUUUCUUUGAAUCCGUAAUUCUUUCAAAUAAGACUAAAUAAUCUAAAUCAUAAGCUCAGCUCAGUUUAAGUAGACAUCAAUUAAUUUUGAGCAACAUGCAGGGCAAUUUAGGCAGAUUUGUGAGAAAUGGCGUUCGACCGCUUUUGGCUAAGAGUAAUUUACAUACCACAAAUGUUUACUAUGAUUCACAAGUAUCUGAAAAAACACUAAAUCAAGUUACACUUCUUGGCCGAGUUGGUGCUGAUCCACAGAAGAGAGGGACUGAAGACCAUCCUGUAAUAAACUUUCCUCUUGCAACUCAUUUCAGCUACAAAUAUGAAUCUGGUGAUGUUUUGCAAAAGACAGACUGGCACAGAAUCAGUGUUUUUAGACCAGGUUUAAGAGAUACAGUGUACAAAUUUCUUAAAAAAGGUCAAAGAGUGUAUGUAACGGGUAAAUUGUCAUAUGGAGAAAUUAAAUUAGAUGAUGGUCAAGUUAGAUCAGCAUCAACAGUAAUAGCAGAUGAUAUCAUAUUUUUCCAACCUCAAGGUGGAAAAAUUUAAGAUAUCAUAAGUAUCAAUAUUUUUCAAAGUUUUUAAUGAUGUUUAAUGUAAGAUAAGCUGUGAUUAUUAUAUGUUUUGACUCUUUAAAAAUAAAAGCUUUAGAAAACCAAUAAACACCUAAUAAGGUCAUAAUUUUGUCAUGUCAAAGAUUAA